ACUCAAUUCAUGGUAAGAAAGAUGCAACGGAACGACUACCGUCCAGAAUAGUUGGAUUUGCAAUGAAAAGAUAAAAAUGAAUAAAUAAAAAACACAAGAAUAAAAUCGAAUGGAGAUAAGAAAAGAAAGAGAAUGAUUCUUUGCUUGAGCUCAGAAGACUAUUUUGAGCUUUUAUGGCUCUUCUGUCUUUCUUUUCUAUCUUUAAUGGAUGUGAAGUGUUUGUGUUUAGUGUUGGGUACUCUUCAGUUCAAGAGUUCAUAUGUGUAUAUAACAGACUCCAUGAACUGUGCACAUAUGCCAUAUUUGGUAAUGAAGUUAAGCUUUCAUUACUACUCCUUUCACUAAAUAUGAACUUGACCGUACAAUUUUUUAAUUUUUUUUAAGUUUCUUGUUUCAUUUGUUUAUAAUUGCAUGUGGGUUAAAAGAACUAAUCUUUUAUUUAGUUAGUAUCCUAUAUUAUUAUUAUUAUCUAAUCAUGAUAAAGAGAGUAUCUGGGGUUUUGUAUACAUAUACCCUAUUUUUAAAAUUAGUGCUCUUUCAAUACUUUAUUUGUUUUAGUGGGUAGCAUAGCACUGGGUUUUAGGUGUCAUUAGCAGUCUUUUGUUUUAGGAAUUGUAGUUUAUUGUAGAGAAUCUAUUUUACAAUUAUGAAUUUUCUUUUCGGGUACCAACAAGUUUAUGGUAUUCAUGUUCAUGUUUAUAUUCAAGUUUCUGUUGUUGGUAUAGGCAGGUGCUCAUGUUGAAGGAAUGUGGAUGUGAAUUAAGGAGUCAAUAGUAGAACUGCAAGCUUUUCCUAGCCAUGAUUGUAUCAUUGAAUACAAGGUCUACCAACAGACAAAUCAUGGCUAGGAUACAGUUGCUAUUGAUUGUCAGUAGUGCUUUUAUCCCCAUGGAAGUUUUGUGUAAGGUUGGAAAUGCUAGUGUUACUGUUUCUUCUUCUAGGCCAAGUGUUGUCAAUAUAGGAGCUCUAUUUACUAUUAAUUCUGUAAUUGGAAGAGCAGCUAAGCCAGCAAUUGCAGCUGCAGUGGGUGAUGUAAAUUCUGAUUCCAGUAUUCUUCCCGGGACAAAAUUGAACCUCAUUGUACAAGACACCAAUUGCAGUGGAUUUAUUGGAACCAUAGAAGCUUUGAAGCUGAUGGAAGAUGAUGUGGUUGUUGCAAUUGGCCCCCAGUCUUCUGGAAUAGCUCAUGUCAUCUCACAUGUUGUAAAUGAACUUCAUGUGCCACUUUUGUCAUUUGGAGCAACAGAUCCUUCUCUUUCUGCACUACAGUACCCGUAUUUCCUCCGCUCUACCCAAAGUGACUAUUACCAAAUGUUUGCAGUUGCUGAUCUGGUCUCAUAUUUUGAUUGGAGGGAGGUAAUUGCUAUCUUUGUAGAUGAUGAUUACGGCAGAAAUGGCAUAUCUGUAUUGGGUGAUGCUCUGGUAAAGAAACGUUGCAAGAUCUCUUACAAAGCUGCCUUUACCCCUGGAGCACCCAAAAGUGCAAUCAAUGACUUGUUAGUUGGAGUAAAUCUAAUGGAAUCUCGGGUUUAUGUUGUGCAUGUGAAUCCUGAUUCUGGUCUGCAAAUUUUUUCGGUUGCCCAGAGUCUUGGGAUGAUGAGCAAGGGCUAUGUUUGGAUUGCUACAGAUUGGCUUCCUUCUCUUCUAGAUUCAGUAGAACCAGUUGACAUUGACAUGAUGAAUCUCUUACAAGGGGUUGUUGCUCUUCGUCAUUACACACCUGAUACUGAUCAGAAGAAAAGGUUCAUGUCCAGGUGGAACAGCCUAAAGAAUAAAGAGAGCACAGGACCUGCUGGGUUUAAUUCUUACGCGCUCUAUGCUUAUGAUUCAGUAUGGUUAGCUGCUCGAGCUCUUGAUGCUUUUCUCAAUGAAGGUGGAAAUGUAUCUUUCUCUAAUGACCCAAAGUUGCAUCAUACAAAUGGAAGCAAAUUGCAUUUGGAGUCGCUCAGAAUUUUUAAUGGAGGUCAACAGUAUCUCCAGACAAUUCUUAGGAUGAACUUCACAGGUCUCACUGGUCAAAUUCAAUUUGAUGAUGAUAAGAAUUUAGUUCACCCAGCAUAUGAUGUUCUUAAUAUUGGUGGGACAGGAUCCCGCAGGAUUGGCUAUUGGUCAAAUUACUCUGGCCUUUCAAUUGUUUCUCCAGAGACCUUAUAUGAGAAGCCUCCCAAUAAUUCUAACAGUAACCAACAUCUUUACACCGUAAUAUGGCCAGGUGAAAGUACGAAAAUUCCUCGAGGAUGGGUAUUCCCAAACAAUGGGAAGCCACUGCGCAUUGCAGUACCAAAUCGAGUAAGUUAUAAAGAAUUUGUGGCUAAAGACAAAAACCCUCCAGGGGUUAGAGGAUAUUGCAUUGAUGUGUUUGAGGCUGCAAUAAACUUGCUGCCUUAUCCUGUCCCACGCGCAUAUAUGUUAUAUGGAAAUGGCAAGGAUAACCCUGUCUACAAUGAACUUAUCAAUGCAGUUGCUCAAGAUAAGUAUGAUGCAGUUGUGGGUGAUGUUACAAUCAUUACAAAUAGAACAAGAAUCGUGGAUUUCACACAGCCUUACAUGGAAUCAGGACUGGUUGUAGUUGCACCUGUCAAGGAACAAAAGUCCAGGCCUUGGGCUUUCCUUAAACCAUUUACUGUAUCCAUGUGGGGUGUCACAGCUGCCUUCUUUCUUUUUGUGGGUGCUGUUGUCUGGAUUCUUGAGCACCGGAUCAAUCAUGAAUUCCGUGGUCCACCAAGGCAACAACUUAUAACAAUUUUCUGGUUUAGUUUCUCAACAAUGUUCUUCUCCCACAGAGAGAACACUGUGAGCGCCUUGGGACGUUUUGUGCUUCUCAUAUGGCUAUUUGUAGUGUUGAUCAUCAAUUCAAGCUAUACAGCCAGUCUGACAUCUAUCCUGACAGUGCAGCAGUUAACAUCACGGAUUGAAGGGAUUGACAGCUUGAUCUCAAGUACUGAACCUAUUGGAGUCCAAGAGGGAUCAUUUGCAUUGAACUACCUGGUUGAUGAGCUCAACAUUGCCCAAUCUAGACUUGUAAUAUUGAGAAACCAAGAACAUUAUCUUACUGCUCUUCAACGCGGACCAAAAGGUGGUGGGGUGGCUGCCAUUGUUGAUGAGCUUCCUUAUGUUGAGCUCUUCUUGUCCAACACGAACUGUGCAUUCAGAACAGUUGGGCAGGAGUUCACGAAAAGCGGAUGGGGAUUUGUGAGUAUCAACUUUAAAGUUGUCAUUCUAGCAUUUCAGAGGGAUUCGCCCCUUGCAAUUGACUUGUCAACUGCCAUUCUCCAACUCUCGGAAAAUGGCGAUCUCCAGAAAAUUCAUAACAAAUGGCUGACACGCACAGAGUGCUCUAUGCAAAUCGGCCAAGUUGAUGCAGACCGGCUCUCCCUGAGCAGCUUCUGGGGUCUGUUCCUCAUCUGUGGCCUUGCAUGCUGCAUUGCCCUUACUUUGUUCUUCUGUAGGGUGUUUGGUCAGUUCCGCAGAUUUUCUCCAGAAGAAGUUGAAGAGAGGGAGGUGGAGGAGAUUGAGCCAGCAAGGCCUAGACGUUCCCUGCGCUCAACUAGCUUCAAAGAUUUGCUUGAUUUUGUAGAUAAGAAAGAAGCCGAGAUUAAGGAGAUGCUUAAGAGGAAGAGCAGUGAUAACAAGCGUCAAGCGAGCCCCAGCCCCACCACAGAUGAGCAGGCAAGUUCACCUGCUUAGGGAAGAAAAGCAGUAGGAAGUGUUCUAUUGGUAAAUGAGUUUUCUAAAUGGUUCUUGCCUUGAGAAACUACAAUUAUUCACGUUUUUUCAUAUACUGAUAAUUUUUCUUUUUGAUAGAGAUACAGAAAUGUUAGGCAGAUAGAAAGAUGUUAAAUUAGAAGAAUGCUCACUAGUUGUAGUGCAUUUUGUAUCAUACAAAGAUGUUUUGUAUGCCUUUAUAUAUAAAUAUAAAAGUUUUCCUUUUCUUAUCA